AUGAGAACGAGUCACAUGAAGUUGUUCUUUUUCAUCUUCUUGUUCCAUUCUUUUCUCUUUCUUGUUCUUUCUUCUUCAUCCAGAAAUUUUCCUGUUAUACCCUUUGAUGAAGGCUAUUCACCUUUGUUUGGAGACCAUAACUUGAUCAUUCAUUCUGAUUCCAAAACUGUUCAUCUCUCUCUUGAUGAGUCUUCAGGGUCUGGAUUUGCUACUCAUGAUAUUUACCUUCACGGGUAUUUCAGUGCUUCCAUUAAAUUACCUUCUGAUUACACUGCUGGAGUUGUUGUUGCAUUCUAUUUAUCAAAUGGUGAUAUGUAUGAGAAGAAUCAUGAUGAGAUAGACUUUGAAUUCUUGGGACAUAUAAGAGGCAAAGAUUGGAGGGUUCAAACCAAUGUUUAUGGAAAUGGAAGUACACACAUUGGAAGAGAAGAAAGAUAUGGUUUAUGGUUUGAUCCUUCUGAGGAUUUUCAUCAGUAUAGUAUUCUAUGGACAGAUACUAAGAUCAUAUUUUAUGUAGAUGAUGUUCCUAUAAGAGAAAUAAAGAAAACAGCAUCAAUGGGAGGAGAUUUCCCAUCAAAACCAAUGACAUUAUAUUCAACCAUAUGGGAUGCAUCUACAUGGGCUACCAAUGGAGGAAAAUACAAAGUAAACUACAAAUAUGCACCUUACAUUGCUGAAUUCUCUGACUUUGUCCUACAUGGUUGUGCAGUUGAUCCUAUUGAACAUGUGACUAACUGUGACAGUGUUCAAACUUCCGAAACAGUUCCUUCUGAUGUAACACAAGUAGAAAGAAACAAAAUGGACAACUUUAGGUUAAAGCACAUGACAUAUUCUUACUGUUAUGACAAAACCAGAUACAAAGUGCCUCUACCGGAGUGUGUGAUUGAUUCGCGAGAAGCUGAAAGACUGAUAAAAUCCGAUCCGGUUACAUUCGGUAAUGGAAGGCACCGCCGUGGAAAGCGACACCACCACCAAGCAAAAGAAGCUGCCUCAUUUUAG